AAAAAAAAUUACACGUGAUCUCAAAAUAAUGAAAUUCUUUGCAAAUCUAGUUGAUGUGAUCCCGACAAUGGAGUGGCUUUCUUUGCCCGAUGAGGUUGAACAAUUCAGUAUUUUGAUGCGUUUGCAACUCGACUUGAGAAUCGAAGCCCUCAAUUUGGCCAAAUUUCGCCACAACUUUCGUAACAGACUCGAUAUCCAUUUCCCUAAGCCAUUUUUGAAUUUUAGUACCAGAGAGGUUCUAGUUGAAGAGUAUAUUAAAGCCAUUCCUAUGGAAAAAUUGCUUUCUUUGAGUGGGAAUUUUGGGAAAAACUUAUCAAAAGAAGUUAGUGAUAAGGGUCUUGACUCGUUUCUUCAAAUGUUGAUACUUGACAACUUUGUACAUGCAGAUCUACAUCCAGGCAAUAUGCUUAUUAGAUUUUACAGAAAUGAGAUGUAUACUCAUGAACGAGAGUACAAGAUAGUCAAGUCCACAAAUGAAAAUGAAACCAAUAGAAUAACGGAAGAGUUGUUAUCUCUAGGUAAUGAUAGCCAAGCCUGGUGCAAUAAGCUUGAAUCUUUGUACGAGAAUGGUUAUCAUGCUGAAAUAUGCUUUUUGGACGUGGGGCUCAUCACUGAGCUCAACCAUGACGACAGAAUUAAUUUCAUUGAUUUGUUCAAGGCCUUAUCUGAAUUUGAUGGCUAUAAGGCUGGGGAUCUAAUGGUGGAGAGAUCCCGCACUCCAGAAACAGUUGUCAACAAAGAGAUAUUUGCUUUGAAAGUGGAGAAAUUGGUAGACAGAAUGAAGGAAAGAACUUUCACGCUAGGAAAUAUCAGCAUUGGCGACCUUUUGGAUCAAGUCCUUUCAAUGGUUAGAUCCCACCAUGUACGAAUGGAAGGAGAUUUCAUAACUGUCAUUGUUGCCAUUUUGUUAUUAGAAGGCAUGGGCAGGCAACUUGAUCCACAGUUGGAUCUUUUCGCAAGUUCGCUCCCGGUUUUACGAAAAUUAGGAAUACUGAAAGAAGGUAAAGAAUUGCUUCAGAACGAAGAUUCUUUGAACAUGAUGAAAGUGUGGUUGGCAUUGGAAGUCAGACAGCUCAUCAAUGCGUCCAUACAAGACGUAAGUUUUUUUUUGUGCUUUAUUUUAUCUCCUGUUUCCAAAAUUUUUGGUAAGGUUACGCAACAAUUCUCAUACUAACUCGCAGAUCCACGCACUCGUUAAGGCCGACAUGCUCAGUGCGAAUAUUUAGUCUCGAAUGGUCGUCGGUUCAUAUUUUGCUUACCUUACG